AUUCCUGUGCUUCCCACUGCCCCAGCUUGGUCUACCAUGGCUCCUCUUUGGUUCUACUCUUUCAUCAUGCUCUGCAUCUUUUCAAUCUCCGCUCUUCCUCACUCUCUCAAUACCUCUCAACAGCAACAAUUGCUCCUGCAAUUCAAAACGGCUAUUUCCAACAACAACAGCUCUUCACUGCCAGAUUGGACUCCCCUUCACCCCCUCUGUAAUUGGUCUGCCGUUACCUGCGAUCCCUCUUUCCACUCCGUUGUCGCCCUCAACUUAUCCAACAUGAACUUACACGGCACCAUCUCUCCUCUGCUUGGGAAUCUCUCCUCUCUUCAAUCCCUCGAUCUCUCCAACAAUGCCCUCACUUCUACCAUUCCACCUCAACUCGCACAAUUCACACAUCUGCAGGUACUCUGGCUACACCGCAAUCAAUUGCAAGGAACCAUUCCGCCAACUCUCUCCGCUUGCCGCAGUUUGUAUGAUCUGGCACUCUCCUUUAACCAACUCCAUGGCAGCAUUCCGCCUGAGCUGAGUCUCCUUACAAGAUUGAAGUUCCUCAACUUAGGACAAAACAAUCCCACAGGUGUUAUUCCCCCUUCUUUCAAAAAUCUGUCCACUUUAGUUAAAUUGUAUGUGGGAGAAAAUGAUCUCACGGGCACCAUUCCUCUUGAAAUGGGAGCCCUCUCUCAACUACGGGAACUCUCCCUUUGGUCGAAUUCGUUGUCAGGCACCAUUCCCAGCUCUUUAGGAAAUCUGUCUUCCUUGACCUAUUUAGAGUUGGCAGAAAACGAUCUUCAUGGCCCCAUUCCCCUUGAAUUGGGCAUGCUCAAUCACCUGCAGAUAAUUUAUCUUUAUACAAAUAACUUAUCAGGCACCAUUCCCAGCUCCUUAGGAAAUCUGUCUUCCUUGACCGAUUUAGAAUUGGCAGAAAAUGAUCUUCAUGGCCCCAUUCCCCCUGAAUUGGGCAUGCUCACUCACCUGCAGAUACUUUACCUUUCUACAAAUAACUUAUCAGGCACCAUUCCCAGCUCUUUAGGAAAUCUGUCUUCCUUGACCGAUUUAGAUUUGGCAGGAAACGAUCUUCAUGGCCCCAUUCCCCCUGAAUUGGGCAUGCUCACUCACCUGCAGAUACUUUAUCUUUAUACAAAUAACUUAUCAGGCAUCAUUCCCAGCUCUUUAGGAAAUCUGUCUUCCUUGACCGAUUUAGAAUUGGCAGAAAAUGAUCUUCAUGGCCCCUUUCCCCCUGAAUUGGGCAUGCUCACUCACCUGCAGAUACUUGACCUUGGUACAAAUAAUUUAUCAGGCACCAUUCCCGGCUCUUUAGCAAAACUCUCGAAAUUGACAAUAUUAGAUCUAUCUGGAAACCAGCUCAGUGGACAUAUUCCACGCGAAAUUGGCACCAAGCUCUCAAAUUUGCAAUAUCUCAGUUUAUGCGGAAAUCAGCUUAGUGGAAAAAUACCAAAGUCCCUUGGAAAUUGUUCCAACCUCACGGAACUUUAUUUACAUAAAAACCAGCUCAUUGGAAUGGUGCCGAUGGAGCUGGGUAAAUUGGACCUCCUUACCAAGCUUUAUCUACAUACCAAUCAACUUGUUAGCGAUAGCAGCAAUACAUUGUCUUUCCUAACUUCUCUAACAAAUUGCUCCCAUUUGCAAGAAAUGUUAGUGUCUAAUAAUCAUCUCACUGGUAUAUUGCCCCCAUCCAUAGGCCAACUGUCUUCCAAUCUCACUUACUUGGAUUUAUCAAACAACAUGAUAGGUGGAAGCAUACCACAACAGAUUGCCAAUCUAACAAACUUAACCUAUUUAAGUUUAAGCAAUAAUCUUUUCAGUGGCAAUAUUCCAUCUAGAGUUAAAAGAUUCCAGAAGUUGGAAAGAUUGUAUUUGGGUGGGAACAAAUUAGAAGGAACCAUUCCAAGUGAGAUAGGUCAAAUGCAACAUCUAGGACUCCUAAACCUUAGUCAUAACCAGCUAUCUGGAAAACUACCAGAUUCCCUUUGUAACCCCCAGCAGCUAAGACGUCUUUUACUUCAGCACAACAACUUUUCUGGGGAGAUCCCUGUUAGUUUAGCACGAUGUCAGAAGUUGGAACUCAUUGACUUAUCUUACAAUAAAUUUAGGGGAAGUAUACCUUCUGAUUUCAAUGCCAGCCUUAAAAAUCUGGAAUUUUACCUCAAUCUCUCAUGGAAUUCUCUGGAAGGGUCCUUGCCACUGGAGAUAAGUAAAAUUGCAAUGGCUCAAGCCAUAGAUAUCUCUGGAAAUCAACUUACUGGGAUGAUUCCGAUUUCUCUUGGAGACUGCACAGCAUUAGAACAUCUAAAUCUGUCCCACAAUGCCUUUGAAGGUCCAGUUCCAGGUUCACUCUUCAAAUUACAAAAUCUCCAAGAAAUGGAUCUUUCCAGCAAUUCUUUAUCAGGUUCAAUACCAAUGUCCCUUGAAAGACUGAAAGCACUAAAGUACAUGAAUCUUUCUUUCAAUAAUUUGUCAGGGCAGAUUCCAGACGGAGGGUUAUUUCCAAAUAGAACUGUUAUAACAUUCUUUAUGGGAAACCCUGGGCUUUGUGGCCCAACGAAUUAUACAUUGCCUCCAUGCCCAAAGCAGACUCAAGAAAAGCAUUCACUGAUAAAAAAAAUAGUCUUAUCAGUUGUUGGAACUAUUGCAUUUAUAUUAUGCUCCUACAUCUUAGGAAUUUUAUGGAGACAAAAAUUUUCAGGCCAACUAUUCCAUCCUUCAAAUUUUUUUUUUCAGAGGCUUAGCUAUCCAAAAUUUUCUUAUCAAGAUCUUGUCAUUGCAACAGCCGAAUUUGAUGAGGCAAACUUGCUUGGAGUGGGGAACUUUGGAUCAGUCUACAAAGGCAUUUUGAGGGAUGGUAAGAUAGUUGCAAUUAAGGCUCUUAAUUUGCAGAACGAAGAAGCUAAUAAGAGCUUUAAUACAGAAUGCAAAGUGUUGGGGAGGAUUCGGCACCGUAACCUGGUAAAAAUCAUAAGUGCAUUUUCCUACCCUGGCUUCAAAGGUUUGGUUCUUCAAUUUGCAUCAAAUGGGAGCUUGGAGAAACAUUUGCACCCUGACAAAGACGAUCACGAAUUUAGUACAUUGGGAUUCAGCGACUGUUUGAGCAUUGCUGUGGAUGUUGCCCAUGGCAUGGAAUACUUACAUCAUGAUUGUCCUUUGCAAAUUGUGCACUGUGAUUUAAAGCCUAGCAAUGUGCUCCUGGACGCCAAGAUGACAGCCCUUGUGACUGAUUUUGGUAUAUGCCGUUUGACUACUCCAAAUUCCAUUGAUUCAUUUAGUGCAACAACAUUUGCACUCAAAGGAUCCAUUGGCUAUAUUGCUCCUGAAUAUGGAUUGUGGGGGAGUGUUUCCACAAAGGGAGAUGUUUACAGUUAUGGAAUCCUGAUACUAGAGAUGGUUACAAGGAAGAGGCCAAGUGAUGACAUGUUUGUGGGAGACCUGAACUUGCAGAGGUGGGUAAGAUCAGCUUUUCCAGACAGACUGGCAGAUAUUGUUGAUAUCGGGCUAUUGCGAGAUGUGAAUGAAAACAUGGAAGACAAUAGAUGUCUUCUUUCUUUCAUUAAUGUUGGUUUGCUUUGUAGCAGUGAAUCACCAAGAGAACGACCUUCCAUGAGAGAUGUAGCCAAGUUUGUGGAGAGUAUCAGGAGAUCUUUCAUGGGAGGAGCAGCUGCUUCCAAUUUGACAUCUACCAUAUCGGACCUCCUGCACAAUACCAUUCCCACAGAAACAUUGGCAUCUGACAGUCAAAGUUCUACAUUUUAGAUGUUCAUUAGUUCGAUUAAGAAGUUUCAUCCUUUAUGUUUGCCGGUUUCAAGUUUGUCUUCCAUUACAGGUUGGUCUUCUUUAAUGUAAAAUCCUCCUCAGGUUAAAUUCUAUUUCUUUGAUCUUGAAAAGCUGUUCAAAUUGAUGUAUAUGCAUUAUACUAGCUUGAGAAAGUAGAAUGUUGUCUAUAUAUACUUUCUUCCUCUCA